CGCGCUCACGUUGCAGUAAUGCGUGUUCGUGUGUCUGGCCGAAGAACUAGAGAACCAGGAACAAUAACACGCGAGCAGAGAAGUUUCACAGCGUGGAGAGUGAGCCGAGCCCCGGGGUUUAGGGACAACAGGAGGUUUUAUAAAUCUCUUUUGGGAGUUUAAACGCCGGAAAAAUCCAGAAACAGAGAGAGAGAAAGAGUGCGCGUGCUGUCUUUAGACGCAACUUUCCAGCCGCACGCUCAAGUCACGCGCGCGAGGCAUCUCAAACAUCUCCACUCACACUAAGGACUUAACAUGGGACUCAUCGUCAGGGCUCACAGAUGGAUUUCUCUGUAGAACCACAGUGUUAACCGGUCCAGAGACAGGAACAAACCCAAAGAGCCACAGAGUGACCAUUUGUCCAGGUGACCGUCCAGAGCAUGCAGAGUGGAGACAGCUACCAGGAUGGAGAAGAGAACGGUCCUCUUGAUCCGAGCUGCAUGGAGCGCGGCGUUCCUGUCGAGCAGGUCAGCGGCAAGUCAGAAUCCGGCUCUGGUUCGAGUUCUGGAAUGGCGUCAGGAUCCAGAUCGGGUUCAGGAGAGGACGAGGAGGUGGAUGGACAGUGCGUGGCUGAGGAGAGCACCAGGGAACCUUCUGGAGGAGCACAAGGUCAGGAGGACGUGGAGAUGAACAGCGAUAGUGUUGCUGGAAUGACGUGCAGACAGAUAGGAACCUUCGCAGAUAGGAGUUUUGGGAGCACCACGGGAUCAGGCAGCACCAAGAGUCUGAAGUCUGUGACCGGGUCAUCAUCCUGCAGCCUCCACAGCACGGGCUUCAGUCAGAGCAGACACUACGCAGACGGCGGUGAGCGAGCGGAGCAAGGCCAUCAUGAUCACCGGGAGAUGAUGCACACGGUGCAGGAGAUGAAGAAGAGACUGCCGUUGGAGAAGAGGUGCCGCAGCAAACCCAGCACUGUGGAGGCUCUGAACUACGCCCUUAAAUGUGUCAAACAAGUUCAAGCGAACAGCGAGUACUACAAGUUACUGAUGUGCAGCGGAGUGGAGGAGAGGAAAGACGUCGCUACGAGGUGCAGCCUGGAGCAGCUGGAGAGCAUCACAUCUGAACACACACUCAAAAAUACAGACUCCUUCGUGGUGGUGUUCUCACUGGCCACAGGACGAGUGGUGUACGCGUCGGAGCAGGCGUCCAGCAUCCUCAACUGCAAGCGCAAGUUCCUCGACUCGGCCAAGUUUGUCGAGCUGUUGUUUCACCAAGACGUCAAUGUGUUUUACUCUCACACCGCACAACCGCACCUGCCGCCCUGGAACCUGGGGGCGGAUAGCGCUGCUGUUCUUUUCGAAUGUGCCCAAGUCAAGUCCUUCUUCUGCAGAAUCAGAGGAGGGAAGGACCGCGAUGGCGAGAUGCGCUACAACCCGUUCCGUCUCACGCCGUACCUGCUGAAGGUUCAGGGCUUGGGCGGGGAGGGGGAACACCCAUGCUGCUUGGCUCUGGCUGAACGCAUCAUCUCAGGAUACGAGGCUCCCCGGAUCCCCACGGAUAAGCGCAUCUUCACUACAACACACUCUCCAGGGUGUGUGUUCUUAGAAGUCGAUGACCGUGCUGUGCCUUUACUUGGCUACCUCCCUCAGGACCUGGUAGGCACUUCGGUGCUGACCUGCCUCCACCCUGAGGACCGCACCCUCAUGCUGGCCAUGCAUCGAAAAAUUCUGAAAUACGCAGGUCAGCCACCGUUCGAACAUUCCCCGAUCCGCUUCCGCUGUCAAAACGGAGACUACGUUACGCUGGACACCAGCUGGUCCAGCUUCGUCAACCCCUGGAGUCGCAAGGUGGCUUUCAUCAUCGGCAGGCACAAAGUCCGCACGGGGCCUCUGAAUGAGGAUGUAUUUGCUGCACAGAAUAAAGCAGAACUUCCUGUUAUGCAUGAAGAUGUUAAAGAACUGCAGGCCAUGAUCUACAAGCUCUUCCUACAGCCAGUCCACACCAAUGGCUCAAGCGGAUACAGCAGCCUGGGUAGUAAUGGUUCCCAUGAGCACUACAUUAGCAUGGCUUCAUCCAGCGACAGCAAUGGGAACCCGUGGGAAGAAUCGCACGCAGAGCCGGUGACUCUACAGCAGAUAUGUGCUAAUGUUAAUAAACUGAAGACGGGAGGCCAGCGGGCGUACCUGGACUCCCGGGGUAAAGUCCCAUCAGCGUGGAAAGUCAGCACAGGUAAAAAGCGAGAAACUCCAGCUCCGAUCCCCAGCUGUGGUCAGCGUAUGGAGGUUCAGCGUCUCAGAAGCUCCCUCGAGAAUGCGCACAGGAAGUCUCACGUUCCAUCCUACCAACAGAUUAACUGUGUGGACAGCAUCAUUAGAUAUUUGGAGAGCUGCAGUGCCCCUGCUCUAAAACGGAAAAGUGAAUCCUUAUCCAUCGCCACAUCCUCCUCUUCUACCACAUCCGAGGAAGACAAGACCCCAGCAGUUCCACUGGCGGACAGGACUAACGCUAAUGAGGCAACCAUGAAAGCAAGUGUUGGUCUGGAGAGUCAGGUGUUAGCCGAAUCUACAGUGACAGCAGCCGUGGUUGGGGCUCCACUGACUGACAUCACUCUGUCCACUAAGGCAAUGAGUGUAGUGUCGAUGACCAGCCAAUGCAGCUACAGCAGCACCAUCGUGCACGUUCCUCAGCCUGAAUCUGAAGUGACCGCUCUGGAGGAUGCCCCGAUGGGAAGCGAACCGGCCGACCCAGCUCCCGGGCCAUCACGUCCGGUCCCCAGCUCCACCACAAUGGCUCCUGAAGAGUUACAAGUUGUGGGACUGACCAAGGAGGUGCUCUCGGCACACACGCAGAAAGAGGAGCAGGAGUAUGUGGACCGCUUCAGGCAUCGCAUCCUGGAGAGCCCGUAUAGCUCCUACCUCCAGCAGGACAACAGCAGCAUGGCGCACUCCAACCACAGAGGGGAUUACGUCAUGAGACCCCCGAGCACGAGAGACUGGAACAGAUCCCACUCAGGCAAACCCAGACACAAGCGUGCCAAGCCUCAGGCCUCAUCCGACAGUGACGGCUCACGGCCUGGACAGUUCCUGCCGAUAACCUCAUCUGCUCCUAAUAACUCCGCAUCUGAAUCUUCCCAACCCAAACCCAACCCAAAUUUUUUCUCGCCUGUGGUUAUGCCCAUUCAGCCCCCGUACUACCCCGUCCCACCUCAGGCUGGUGCCAUGCAGCCUACCGUGGUGCAGCCUGACCAGGCACAGCCAGUCAUGCAGGUCAUGAAUCCUUUCAUGUCUCCCGUCGUGGCCGUCAUCAUGCCCUACCCUGCCAACUACACGCUCUAUCCCCAGGCCGUACCAGGCAUGCCAGGUGUACCGAGUGCAGCUCCACCUGGAUUACUGCCUCCUCCAUUCCCCCAUCUUUCCUACAUGUCCCUGAUGGACAAUCCACCUGCUCAGCCUGGCCCCAGCUCAGUGCCCACAGCUUCAGGAGAGGUGCCGUCAUCUCCGAUUUCAUCCCCGUGGCCGGAGGAGGACAUGGACGGUGCUCAGCCCACAGCACUGUUUUCCAGUUCCAGGUCUAGCAGUCCACUACAGCUCAACCUGCUACAGGAGGAGCUCCCCAAACCCGACGCCCCACAGAGCAACACAGGCCGAGCUGAAAGUCUGCACGAGCAGCACACUAAGGAGGAGGACGCUCCCAGGGGCUCGGGUGAUCAGGAGGACGCUCAGUCCACCUCCAGCGUGCUGCUGGACCUGCUGCUGCAUGAGGACGCUCGCUCCGGAACCGGCUCCAACGCCUCGGGUAGCGGAUCAGGAGAAUCCGGGGGUUCUCUGGGUUCAGGUUCAGGCCUGGGCUCUAACGGUACCUCUACCAGCCAUACAGGAAGCAGUAACAGCAGCAAGUACUUCGCCAGCAACGACUCAUCAGGCCGGUCCCAUACGGCCAGGAAGAGCCAGGAUGCACCAGAACCAUCCAACUUCACCAAAUGUGUGGAGAACUCGCUGUGGACCAUGAUCCGGCACACACCAGAGCCGGUCAUGAUGACCUAUCAGAUUCGUCCCAGGGACCAGGCACAGGUUCUGAAGGAGGACCGGGAGAAGCUGCUCCUCCUGCAGCCGAGGCAGCCGCGGUUCACGCAGGAGCAGAAGCAGGAGCUGGCCGAGGUUCAUACCUGGAUCCACCAUCACAGCGUACCUGAGGAGAUAAACACACGAGGAUGUGUGAACUGCAGUCACACUGCUACGGGAGGAAGUGACGCAGCGACCCACUGUGCCAGCUCGCCCGCUCCAGACAGCUCAAGCGCUCAGGAUCGUCCCACAGAGGCUAUCAGUCCUGCCACUGAUACCUGAAACCGCUCCCCUGAGCACUUUAAGGGAAAAACUCCGCCUUUUUUUUUUUUUUUUACUCUGACUCCUACCAUGAGGUUAUGAGGAAGUAUAGCAGCGGAGUCUGUGUCGACGCCAGUGCCAUUAGGAGGACGUGACAUUAGGAGGACGUGACAUUAGGAGGACGUGAAGCAGGAUUCUGCUUAAUACAGGAACCAAAUUGAGAACCUGCUCGAACCACGACGACAGACUGAUCUUCGUCCGUUCCGCACAUUGGAUCUAUGCGACUGUGAAAUCUUUUACGCUCUGUUAGCGGAACUCUAAUUUAUAUAAUUCUUCUAUUCGUAUUUUUCUAUGGUUACGGCUCUAUUUCAGAGUUUCACUGUGUGUUUUUUUUUUUUUUGUAUGAAGAUGCUGACGCGCGUCGGUCGGUGUUGACCGGUGUGUCUUGUCGUUCAUGACGAUUCCUCAUUGGUCGUCCUUGUUAAACGAAACGAGCACCUUGUCUCUUAAAAUCCAUUUGCACUGUAUAUCAAUGCUUCAAGCUGUGAUUCUGUGAUUUCUGUCCUUUUGUCCCAUGUCUCAGUUCCACAUCGUGAUUAUUUAUACGAUAAUACACAACGCUUUGCGAUUAUACAGCAAACUGUGGCUUUUAUUGCACGUCGUAUCAGCUCUACAUUUUGUCAUUAUUUAACCCACAUCUGAAUCCACUGCCACGUUACAAAUAAAGUAUUUCAUGCUUCUCAA